AAAGCUGACUUGUUCGUCUUUAGCUUGAAGUUCAUGUGCCAAACUCCUCUCUUGAUCCCCGAGUCUUCAAAGAACAUGAGACGGCUGGCGCGGCUCACGGCGCGGAAACAGGGAACGCACGACUGCUCCCAAUUUGACAAGUUUUACAGAAACGGCUCAUAAAAGUCGCCCAUUUGAUCACCAUUAAGUCCGAAUUUAGCCCGAAGCACUGACGGACAGCCAACUUCCACCCAAGCGGCGACGCGGCGGAGGAGAUCGAACAAACAAAAGUAUUUAUAUUUUCUGGACAACAGUAGUGAUUUAUUUUGGCGUCAUGCUGAAGAUCUGCUUGCAGAGGGCUCUCCAAAAGUUCCCGAAGGCGGCGGGGACUGCCCGCCGCGCUCCGUGCUGCUGGAUGGGUACACACGGGAGAAACGAGCCGCUGGAGCCGCUCAACUCCCCCACCCGGGCCAAAGAGUUUAUUUACCGCCUUCACCCAAAGGAGAGGACAUGUUUACUCCAGGAGCUGCAGAUCUUCGAGUCCAAAGCAAUCGCACAAGAUAAACUGGAGCCCUCACCACCGACUGCAGCACAGAUCAGAUAUGUUUUACUCCACAACGCCAUCCCCUUUGUUGGAUUUGGCUUUUUGGAUAAUGCCAUUAUGAUUGCAGCAGGAACACAAAUCGAACUCUCCAUUGGAGUCACACUGGGGAUCUCCACCAUGGCUGCUGCGGCUCUGGGGAACCUGGUUUCAGAUCUGGCAGGUCUUGGUCUUGCAGGUUAUGUGGAGGUUCUGGCUUCCAAACUGGGGAUGCAGGUUCCAGAUCUGACACCCAAGCAGGUGGAUAUGUGGCAGACCAGGCUCAGCUCUCACAUGGGUAAAGCCAUUGGUGUGUCAAUCGGCUGUAUUCUGGGGAUGUUCCCGCUGCUUUUCCUCAGCGACAGCGAUGACAAGGACAGCUGUGACGCACCAUCAAAAUCCUUGUAACACGCCGCUCUACAUAACACUGCACACAGGAUACUGCUGAUGUCAACGCUCUUUAAAAAACAUAGUUAGUCGAAUGUUUCUUUGUCAUCCUACUCAGGCAGCUUGAAGUUGGUGGAAAUGGCUGUUUGAAGCAUCUGGUGGUGUUAUUUUUAUACCGUUUGCUCCAAAAAGAAAUGCCAUCUGUUGCUUCAGUGUGCCAGUUCAGCGGAAAGUUAAAUGGAAGUUUUCAUGUGAGAUGAACAGUGGAGGAGUUUUAUGAGAUUUGAUUCUCAUUGAUUCUUCAUAUCAGUCCUAUUCCUAAUUGACUGUGCACUUUUGCACAGCUGUGGUUCAGAGUCUCUCUAGCCUCCAUUACUUUUAUUCUGAGUGUAAUUUAUUUGCCAAAAAAAAAACCAGGAAAACGUCACAAUAAAAUUAAAGAUUUACUGAAAGUAAAAUUACUCUUAAUUCAGAUUAAUCAAUAUUGCGUUGACAUUAAUGAGGGUGACAUUUAUAGCUGUGAGCAUCUUUCUUUUUGUUAUCAUACUUAAAGAUAAUUAAAAAAAAAAAAAAAAAAAAAAGCUUAUUUUUGGUCAUCUAGGCCGGUGCUGGUGGACAGCAGGUGGUGGAUUGGUGUGCAAUGCGUGAAUUUGCAUGGUUAAUUAAAGUUUGUCACCAUUAACCUGAUUUUUAGCUUCAUCUUACAUGUUUUCAUGCGUGGUGUACACGGUUUAUCAUAAUUCCCUGACUUCUUGUUUAAGCUUCAGUGGGUGUUCAUUUUUUUCAAUAUUCCAGCACCACAUAAAUGCAAAAUAAGAUGUGAUUUUUAAAAGGCUGGAUUUAUACCUCCUCCUAUACCUUGUUCCCACUGUCAGUUCCAUUCAAUCACAGCAUGACGUCAGUUUUUCAUGUACUGUGUAGCUAAAGCACUCAAAGCUGUGAGGAGCUUGAAAACAGGUGAAAAUUCACAAAGAAAUAAGUAAAAUUCAGUAGCAGUUUAAUGGUUUUGCUGCACAGGAUGUAUUCAGUAAGAGACACUUUGAUGACACAUUUCCUUUUACAGUUCCAGUUUUUAGUGUGUCAGCAGUUAGUUUACUUAGCAUAAAAAUGGAGCCCACAGUUUCAUGCUGUGAGGUAUCCUCAUUUUAAGCUGAUAAAAAAUGGAGUGCUGGUGCUGGCAGAGACCCUGGAGAGAGGUUUUGUGCAAAAUGAACAUAAGCGUAACCUUGGUGGUGCUUUUGCUGCUCUGUAAUUAUUAUUUCAGUAUUUUUUUCUAUUAGUAUUUUCAGAAAUUCAAACGUUUGGCUUUUCUCACUCUGACUUGGUCUCAGGGGCUGAUGGGAAGAAUCAGUGCGACUCUAAACUUUGAUUUCCCUCCCUGUUUUUGAGUCAGCACAGAUGGCUUGCUUAAAUCCUGUCCGAGCAGCUUCUAGGAAUAUGUUUUAUUCUUCCCAGCUCUCAGCUAAAAUCCAAAAAUCAAGCAGCCAGUUUGACUGUUUUAGCAGCGACGAGUGCAGAGACUGCUGCUAGUUUCCCAUCCUGACAGCAGAAACAAAAACCGGAGAUACUAACCAACUGUUUCUAUUUUGUGUUUUUUUUUUUUUUUAAUUCAGAUAAAUUGGUAGGGGGGAGCACGAUAUGAUGUUUACAAUUUCCUUUCAGCACACACUUUAUACAUUUACAGACUCCAUCUCCAAAAACACUAUUUAUUCAUGAGUCAAAAACAACAGAUGUUUUUCAUGACUCCAGCUGGAACAGAACAGACUUGCCUGUACGGUCACUGUACAGUCAUAGUCCUGUGUAAAUGAAGACUGUCGUCCACAACCUUGAAGAAUGAUUUCUGUGUCCUGCAUGAUGUGGCUCUAUAAUCUGACUAUUUCUAUAGCAGAUCUUUUUUAGUAUGCUCUCACAUGUUUUGUAAGCGCUGAAGUAGGAGGCGUUCAGUGCCAGCGCACACUAUCUGGAAACUGAAGUUGCUGUUUUCAGUUUUGGGCCACUGUAUGUUUGUUUGGUUUUUUUACCACCAUCUUUUUCUUUUCUUUCUCUCACACAGAUGCUUAACUUGCAUUUAGCCGCCUGUUUAAUUUAAUUAUUUCUUUAACUUUUGUUUGACCAGACCUGAAGCUGCAUAUGGUGCCAAAGAAGGUGCAAUUCAAAAUCAGUCAGACAAGUUGGCUCAGAAGUUUCAGGAAUUUCUCUUACCUUCAUUUUCUUUUUCACAAUUAAACCUGUCAGCAAACCUGCAAAGCACUUUUUUUGUAACUACACUGAAUCCAGUUAAUGCCUUUUCUCCUCUUGAGCCUCAGACUGCAUUCCCUCAAUUUACUGCUCUGUUUACUAGUUCAUGGUAACCUCUCAUCAUAUUAUUUUGAAUUAGUGACUCUUUUCUUAUUGAUCAGUGUGUUCACCUUUUUUAUAAGUAAUAAUUUGUUUGUUCUUAAAAAAUAAAAUAAAAUUCAGAAAUCAUGGUUUUUACUCCAGGGUCACAAGAGAUUUAUUUGGAUGGUAACAUACUGCAGGAAAAAAAAAACAAAUUCUCACAUUUUAAAAGUAAAAAUCAGAUUUGUUUUGUUUUUUCUAAUAAGUGGGGAAAAAAGUGUCUAAACAGACAAAGUAAAAAGUUGUUCUAAAUGUUGGAAAAAGUGUUUCUUUUACAUCCAAACUGAAAAGUGAAGUGACAGCUCUUCUUCUUCAACGCCUCUGCAAACUCGUUAGCUAUGAGCCAACUCCAUGUCAGAUAUUUUAUAGAACAACCACUCAACAGAACCCUUCCCAGGAUGUAGCCCCCACCCACAACCCUGAACGGGAUAAGUGGAAGAAAAUGGAUGCCGUAAUAGUAAACACACUGAUCAAUAAGGCUCUCUCUGCUCUGCUUUGACGUCUAAUCAGUGAAGUUUUCUUUUUUUUUUUAAUGUUUUAUGUAAUCCAAUAACAGUGACUGAAGAGCCUUCAAGGCUGCAGCAAGUUAGCUUUGGCUGUUGUUUAGCAGUUGUAGGAACAUUAUCAAUUAUUUCAUCUACCCAGAAAUUCGGUAUUAUUGGGAAUCAUCUGAUUUUUGGCCAGGUCAAUUAUCACAGCAGAUGCCUGUGUCAUUGUUUUUAAACCACUCUAGAAUCUAGAAGCUCAGAUAAAUAGAAUAAAAGAUACUCUGAUUUGGCUCUGAAGCACUCACCACUCUGAGGUCUAGAGAUGUGUCUGGCUCAGAGUGGCACAUUCAGUUUGAAGCAGCCCCAGUGAGCUAGCAGAGGAAAGCUAGCAGGGGUGUAACAGAUAAUCACAAUCCUCUCUGCUGAUGUUAGAGCUGCACGAUCUUAUGUCACUGCAUGCAGACAAACAGUAGCCUGCAUGUAGAGUUUCAAAAUGAAUAACGUAAGAUUUUGCAGUGAAAGCAAAGUGUAGGCCGUGGCUAAAAGGCUGAUGGCACGUCUCUAAUGAAGACACUGAGGAAAAGUUUGUUUUUUCCAAAUUUUCACAUCAAAUUAUUUUUUUCCAAUAACUGAUGUUUGGAACAGCUAUCUUGUUUAUCCCAGAUCCACAUCAGUUUAUUUCAGCAGAAUAGUUGACUGAUUGUAGUAUGUUGGGACUAACAAAGGAGAUUGUGAGCCUUUUUACCUUCUGUUCUUCACAGAAAAGCUUUCUAUGCCUAGAAAAGUUUGAAAAUUGUCUGCUUUUGAGUCCUGCUGUUUUUCUAGCUGAUUAUGAAACAUUUGUCUUGGGGAGGGGGUCACUUUAAGCACAAAUCCUAACACAUCGUCUAAAUUAAAGGCUGCAGGUCCAACAGCGUUCUGAGUUCAGACAGAAAUGUUUGCACACUGUCUUAAUGAGCAUGUGGACUCGACUGCAGAAGAAAUUCAAGUUUGUCAUUGGAUUAACUGUAAAAGCCUUGAGGGAAAUGAGUUCUCUUUGUCUGCUCGUCUCAUCAGAGCAGAGAUUCACUGAGGACGAGGAUGAGCAAUACACCCUCAGUAAGGAGCGGCUAAUGUUAAAUGCUGUGUUGUUCUGACGAUGCUGCGGAGAACCUGAACUUGUGCUUUUUGUAUCAUCUCAUGUUUGUAUUGUGUUUGUAUUUCAUAUUAGAGGAUAAAGAUUUUAAAUCAAACUGGGUUUUUUAAAUUAUAUUUUCCUUAAUUUAAUUGUGUCAAGACAUAUUUUGAAGCAUAUGAACAAGAAGUUUGUCAUUUAAGUCUGUCAGGCAAAGGAAUUCUGUGCUGUGCUACCAUCUUGUGGACAUUUGAACAGCUGCUGCUGUGCACUGAUACAUGUACAGCAUGUACUAAACAACCUGUAAUGCUGAAGGAUACAGUGUGGAUGUAUUUUGCAACAUUAUGUGUAGUUUAAACAAAAAUAAAUGAAUAUGU